AUGAAUCUUGACUCGCUCUCGCUGGCCUUGUCUCAAAUCAGCUACCUGGUGGACAAUUUAACCAAGAAAAACUACCGAGCCAGCCAGCAGGAAAUACAGCAUACCAUCCGUGUAAAUAAUUCAUACUUUAUUCUGUUUCAGAGUCUAAAGCCUUCACCCCAUUUAUUUGCCCAGCUGAGUAAAGUUAUCAAAUUAAGCAAAGUUCAAGAGGUGAUUUUUGGUCUUGCUUUACUGAACUCCUUCAGCUCAGAUCUACGAGGUUUUGCUGCCCAGUUUAUCAAACAGAAACUUCCAGAUCUGCUGCGUUCUUACAUUGACGCAGACGUCAGUGGAAAUCAAGAAGGUGGCUUCCAAGAUAUUGCAAUAGAGGUCCUGCACCUCCUCCUCUCCCAUCUCCUUUUUGGGCAGAAAGGAGCCUUUGGGGUUGGACAGGAACAGAUUGACGCUUUCCUCAAAACAUUACGUAGGGAUUUUCCCCAGGAGCGCUGCCCCGUGGUGCUUGCACCACUUUUAUACCCUGAAAAACGGGACAUCCUAAUGGAUAGGAUCCUGACCUGCUGUGGAGGAUAG